AUGAACACUGAUGAUCGAGAGUUUCUAAACUAUUGCUAUAAUUUAACAUGUAGUUUUCCCUGUAGUUUGUUUGCAGCUUUAGCAUAUGGGAUUGCUUCCAUGGCUAUGGUUUUCAUCAACAAAGCAAUUCUCAUGCAGUAUACACACUCCAUGUCGCUUAUUACUUUUCAGCAAUUGGCAACUGCCUUGCUCAUUCACGUUGGUCGGAAAACUGGUUAUACAAAAGCUAAAGGGGUUGAUAUCACCACAGCUAAAGGGCUUCUCCCUGUUUCUUUGUUUUCCAAUGCAAAUGUGGCGUUUGCUCUUGCAAGCUUGAAAGGGGUUAAUAUUCCUAUUAAGAGGCUCAUACCACUUGCUGUUCUCAUUGCUGGAUUCUUUUCUGGAAAGGGGAAGCCUACAGCUCAGGUGAUCCUUUCAGUAGUUUUGACUGCCAUGGGAGUUAUUGUAGCUUCCAUCAGAGAUUUUCCCCCCGAUCUACUCGAAUACACCAUGGCCCUAACUUCUGUGUUUUUCCAGACCAUGUACCUCGUGUUGGUGGAGAAGUCCGGUACGGAGAAAGGGCUCUCAUCGAUCAAGAUAAUGUUCUACAACAGUUUCCUUUCUCUUCCGUUUUUGCUAUUUCUCAUCUUAGCGAACGGAGAGUUCCCAAAUUCCUUGGUAUUGUUACUUGCAAAGUUGUGUUCGACAUGA